AUGGCGGAGAACGAGGAGGUCCGGGGGGAGGGGAAGGAGCGAUCGCGCACAACGCGCAACCGGGAGGUAACGCGCAAGAUCCGGCGGGGCAAAGGGGAAGCGGAGGCGAAAAUCCUGGCGCUGACGGACAACCACAAGGAGGCGGAAGUUCCGCCCAGGCGCAUCGACCAGCGCAGGGCAUGGCGGGGCAAGGCGCAAUCGGAGGCGGAAAUUCCGGCGCGCAGCAACAGCACGGCGGGGGAAUGGGCGGGAAUGCUGGGCAGAUGGCGCAAGGGGAAGGGCAGGGGGGUGGAGGACGCGGACAUAGAGGCGGGAGCAUCGGAAUUCGGCAAAGUGGUGGGGGUGAAGUUCUUUGAAGAGAAGGCCACUGGACGGUCCAAAGGAUACUGCCAGGUUGAUUUUGCCGAUGCAGCAGCGGCGCGUGCUUGUAAAGAGAACAUGGCAGGCCGGCUGUUCAAUGGCCGCCCCUGUAUAGUCACACCCGCCACCCCCCAAACCCUAAGGCACCUUGCUAUGGCUUCCGCCCAACCCGGCCCCCACAUGGGCCCCAUGGGGGGAGGUCCGGGGGGGAUGGGGGGAGGAAUGGGCGGAAUGGGGGGAGGCAUGGGCGGAGGCAUGGGGGGGAUGGGCGGGCCGGGGGGGAUGGGGGGAAUGGGGCCUAUGGGUGGGGGGAGAGGAGGUGGGGGUGGAGGCAUGGGGAACUUUCCUGGAAGGGGUGGAGGGCCUAUGGGGGGCCCGAUGGGAAUGGGGGGAAUGGGGCCAGGUAUGGGGGGUAUGGGGGGUAUGGGGGGAGGUAUGGGAGGAGGCAUGGGGGGAGGAAUGGGAGGAGGGAUGGGAGGAGGGAUGGGAGGGGGGAUGGGUGGAGGGAUGGGUGGAGGGAUGGGGGGAGGUAUGGUGGGUCCUAUGGGUGGUAUGGGCAUGGGAGGAGGGAUGGGGGCAGGAGGGGGCCCCAUGGGUGGGGGAGGGCCAAUGGGGGGAGGAAUGGGAGGAGGCAUGGCGGGAGGCAUGGGGGGAGGAAUGGGGGGAAACAUGGGGGGAGGCAUGGGCGGAGGGGGCCCUAUGGGGGGAGGUUCUGGGCCAGGGAGAGGCUUUGGGCGCGGGGGAAUGAUGCCUGGACGAGGCAUGGGGAUGGGGGGAAGAGGGGGAGUCGAUGGGGGAAGGGGGGGAAGAGGAGGGGCAGGCGGGGACUGGGGUGGAGGGAUGGGGGGAGGAGGGGGUAUGGGAAGGGGGGGAGGGGGAAGGGGAGCUGGCGCAGGGGGAAUGCCCUUCCCCGGAGGACCCCCUAUGGGGGGAGGUGGGGGGUUCGACCCGUCAAUUGGCCCAGGGGGGAUGGGGGCAGGAGGUGGGACUGUGGCAGGGAGGGGGGGAGGAGGGGGAAGGGGUUUUGCUGGUCCGUCAGGGGGAGGGGGAGGCUUCCCCAGGGGAGGCCCUGGUGCUACAGGGAGUGGGGAGUAUUUUGAGGGGGAGGGAGGAGGGAGCUCUCAUAGAGGAGGGGGCGGGAAAAGAGGAGAGAAUGCGGAGGAAGGGAAUGAAUGA